GUACUCGCUCCUUCAACGUCGCAGCACCAUGCAGCGAGAACUGCCAGAUAUCGAUGAAGAGGUGUUCCCCGUCGGCUCUCCGCGGCCGAACUUGAACGUACUCGGCAGGUUAUUCCAACUACAGCAUGGAACACUGAGAUCUAAUGCACAGCUGCUACAACUGCUCCAGCGUCAGCUGGAUGAAGAAAAUGAUGACCUCGACGAUGAUAACGACGAUGACGACUCGGACGAACCAACGGAUCCCAAUCAGGAGUCUUGGCGUGGACCUGCUACAGAGCCUCAAGAAGCCGGAGUAGAAUUGCUCAAUAGCGGAGAGUACGGUCGUAUUACCCCCAAGAUUCAUGCCAGGAGAGGCGAGCGGAACCUUGUCAAGGCUAUCCUGAAUCGGUUCACCGCACCUCGGUCGACCUUAUUCAAGGAAGACCUAGCGACUAAUCUUGUCCCCAAUUCAAAUGGCUCAGCGAUGGCAUCAUAUAACUCAAAUAUCUAUACGGCACAAUAUUCCACAGAUUCGUCAUUCUACUACACGUGCUCUCAAGACUUCCGGCUGUACAUAUACGACUCGUCAGCACCCACGUUCUCACCAGAAGACCGUCGGGCAGCACUCUCUGACAGCUCUGUCCAGACUACAAUGAAUAUCAAGCGCAGAAUUCGAGGGCAUCCCGGUAGAUGGACUAUAACAGAUGCGAAUCUAUCUCCUGACAAUCAGAGGAUGAUUUAUUCAUCAUUGACGUCUACGGUGUACAUGACCAGCACUGUCGACGACAAUCCCACGCAAGUUCCUAUCCCUUUUGCGACUGCCCGAACCCGGCACCGUGAUUCGUGGAAUUACGUAGACGAGUUCAAUAUCUAUGCUUGUAGGUUUUCCGCAGAUGGAAAUGAGGUCAUUGCUGGUGGCGGCAGGUUGAUCUCUGUAUAUGAUUUGUUGGCCAAUCGUCGAACUGUUCAAAUAAAGGCCCACACCGACGACGUCAAUAGCUGUUGCUGGGCUGAUACAGCAUCUGGAAAUGUCCUUGUCAGUGCAUCCGAUGACUGUUCCCUAAAAGUCUGGGAUCGGCGGUCUUUAGGAGCGACACCAAAACCUUCAGGUGUUCUCAUGGGGCACACCGAAGGAAUAACCUAUGUGUCAGCAAAAGGAGAUGGAAGAUAUGUUACAUCCAACGGCAAAGAUCAAGCACUACGGUUAUGGGACUUGCGCAAAAUGCGAAGUAGCUUAGAUUAUGACAAUGCUGGGCAUCGCACCUAUGGUUUCGACUUUGACUACCGAUAUCCACCGUAUCCCAAGCCGAAGCGUCAAGCGCAUCCUAUGGAUUGUAGCGUUAUGACUUACCGAGGGCACAGCGUACUAAGAACGCUUAUCAGGUGUCAUUUUAGUCCUGCGGAGACUACAGGUUCGCAAUACAUCUAUUCCGGUUCAGCUGAUGGAAAGAUACAUAUAUGGUCCCUUGAUGGUACUGUUGUACAAAUUCUUGACCGUAAUGAGGCGUUGCCCAUGGGUCACGAUCCAUCGGCACCCGAAAGGCUGAGUCCGCACUGCCACACCAAUCGUCGUGUCUGUGUUCGCGAUGUCAGCUGGCAUUCGCAGGAGCCUGUGAUGAUGAGCGCGGGAUGGGAUUCAGGACACGGUAGUAUCUUAGCGAAGCAUGAAUGGAAGGGAUUGUCCAAAAUGAACGGGUCGUUGGAAGAUUGGGUGACAAAAGAGGAUUCCGAAAGGCGCGCAAUGGAGAAUGUCCGGCACUCUUCUAGGCUUGGGGCUCAGCGGCGAAGAGAUUUCAAUCUAAUUCCGGGAGCCUACGUGGAUGAUGAUGAAGACGAUCACUUUGAGGCGCAUAGCCACACUUCUACUAUGACUGCCGACUCGAAAACGAAUGGCUUUCCCGAUGGAUACUUCAUCAUUCGUGCUGCUGCUACAAAGCGCCUGUUAGAUGUGGCUUGCGAUGCUAUCGAAGAUGGAACUGAGCUUCUGUUGUACCCAGAGAAGGAGAAGUCGCUAGUCGAAAGUCGAAGGAAUCCAGAUGCUAAUAACCAGGUGUUUUACAUAGAUACAUCCGGCGCGCUGUGUUCAAGGUCCUCUGGGCAUGCUCUUGAUAUUGAAGGUGACCGUCUGGUUUUGCGCCAUCGACGCCCGAUUUCUCUUCCCUUUCCUAAUUCAUAUUCUCAUCCUCUCCCAAAAUUCUCAUAUGAUCUUCAAACUAAAGAGAUCUAUGUGAACUUUUCUUGCGACCCAGCAUUCCCUCCGCCUUCGUCUUUCCAUUCAAAUGCGUGGAAAGACAAAACGUACCUCCUGGCAGCUAUCCCUUUGCACAAACCCCGAACGAUCAUCGAUGAUGCUUCUCAAUUCAUCCAUUCUGCUCUGACCUCAUCAUUUUCGCUAUUCCAGUCAACAAGCCCUACGCAUUCUACUCCCGAAGAUGUGUACAAGAGUGGAGUAGAUUUAGGUGAAGAUGAAGUUGUAGAAGAGGAGCGCGGGGAGGAGGGCGAGGUUGACGAUUCUCCCGAGCCUAGCAGGAAAAUCAGGAUGCUCUCUGUCGCCGACGCGACAAUGGAUGACUCGAGUUUGGUAGAGAAAGCAAAGAACCGUCGGAGGUGGCAGAUUGAGCCACUUAGGGUUGCCAAUAAGCGCACCGGCGUGUGAGUUUACUAUUCAACAUUUCAGUGUCUGGUUUGUACGUCCUUGUAAGUAGGAUAUGAGCAGUAUAAUAUUCCGCUU